GUCAGUGAGACUCGAUCUGACUCUCUUCUGCUGGGAUCGAGCUCUUCUGGAAACUGGACUUUAGAGAAAUGAUGCUCAUCUUUGGACUGAUGCUGCUGCUGCAAACUGCUGCAUGUCUGGAUCGGUUCUGCAGGUUUGAUCAGUCUGAUCCCUGUUACGCAGCUCUGGGACACAAACUCAAUCUGCAGAUGGUGCGGGACGCGAGUGAAUAUGACCUGAAGAUACAAAAGAGAAUAAACAACACACAACAUGAUCCAGUUUGUAGAGUAAAGAAUGGCAGGAUGAGGAUGAGUGAAUGUGAUCUUUAUAAUAACAGACCUAACGUGACAGUCAUUAAUGGGAUUCUGAUAAUAAACCGUGUGAUCAGAGCAGAUUCAGGGAUUUACAGAUUAACACUCGAUCACUCAGACGGCAGAGAAACAUCUAGAGAUCUUCAAGUGAUUGUUGAAGAUCCUCCAGUGGCUCUGAUCGUUUUGGGAUGUCUUGCUGUAAUUCUUAUUGUUCUGGUCAUCAUUGCAUAUUACGUUUACAAGAAGAGGAAUCAGCUCAAAGCCACAAAUGCGGAAGCUGCCUCGACGGGUCCUCAGACAAACAGGAAUGAGAAGAAGGAGCAGGAGCUUCAUUAUGGAGAAGUGACGUUCACCGACAGAAAGGUUCAACAGCAGCCGAGUAAAACACAGGAGGAGUGUGUGUACGCUCAGGUGCAGGCGCACUAGUGUGAAAACCACCUGCGGUCAAUGCACUAGACUAGUGAUUUCACACUUCACUGUCAUGAAGACACGACAGGACAGCUUUGGGCUGCUUAUGAUGAAAUGCUCGGCUUAUUGCACAUUUUCUUUCCUGUGUGGCAACAGAAAAAUACAGUGUCUGAUCCAGAACAGAAAUAUAAAAGGAUGAACAAUGGCCGACUUUCCAGUAAAGCCACUGAAGGAAUCGUGACUGCUGUGAACAACUAAAGACUAGUACUAGCAGAGUACAGAAGCUGAAAACAUUACAAAUAACAUAAAAUAUUCACUUCUCAACUUUUAUUUAAGGUUUACAAUACACAUCAUAUUGGAACAACUGGUUUGUUAAACAAAGCUACGUCUCUUUAAUAGUAAAUCCAUUAAAAGGUGCAGGACUCAUUUCUUUAUAAAUUGUACACAAAUCAUCAACUAAACAUUUGCAUGUCAUCAAAGAUUAUAGAAAUACUCUGAUAUUAUUCAACAAUAAAUAAAUAUGCAUGCACAAAUAAAUAAUACAUAAAAAUAAGGUAUUUUCAACAACUAUAAAUAAAUAAAGUGGUGUGGCAAUCAAUUCAA